UGGGUUUUGUAGUACAUAGACAGAUAUUGUAGUAGUGUGCACCAACCUUCUUUUGAUCUCGGUUUAAAUUAUGUCUCUCAGAAUCUUAGUAGCUCCUAGGAUACAGAAUACCAAUGGAUUAAAGAAAUAGCAGCUUCCAUUUAUAGAAAAUGAUGGUCUUACAAUAACAACAUAUUAAAACAAUGCAUGUUUUUAGUACCUAUUCAUAAACAAUAAAAUGUGCUUCAGACUUUUAAACAUUCUAUAUUGUAGCCUGCAGGGUUUAGGAAAUAACAUUUUUAAGUUGCAACAAUUUUAUCAACCUGAUGAUAUCCAUAGCUUUGACAUCUGCGAAGACCAUAUGAAAGGUCUCAGGAUGACAUGGAAAUUAUAUGUUAUCCUUAUCAAGAGCUGGCUCAUCUGUCACAGAGCGCCUUGUUUGUGGACUUGUGAUUCCACAAGGCUGAGUACAGCACUACACUGGUCAUAAACUGAGGGAUUGCUUUAAUUCAUUACCCAAUUAGUAGUGACAGACUGCCCCUAUAGAUUAUAGACAGUUUCAGAGCUGGCAUCCUGACAGGCUGGUUUAUGCAAGAUACAGUAGAUCAUUGGUAUGACCUAGAGUUAAUGGAAACUAGCCACCGUACCUUUAUGCUUUUGCAUUUGAUAAAUUCAAACUAUUUAAAAAAAGAUUGCAUGCUAAACCCUCUUUCAGUACUCUAGUGUUGCUGAUUUUACUUACUUGAUUUCAAAUAAACUCUGGCUAUAUCUGCAACAUAUUUAAUCUGACAUUACACAAUUUCCCAUGUAUCAUUUCAAAGAAGCAUGAGUUGUUGGGUUAUUUAAUAUUGCUAGGAAAUAACUUGAGGUAGAAAAGAGUGUAUCCUGGCCUGGUUUAAAAAUCCAAUUGAGUGGACGCAUUGCACAGUAAAAACACAAUGAUGGUUUAAUAAUGGUCAGAGGUGUCAUUAAAUGGUAAGAAUAGUAUCUCUAUUGACUCACUUAAAAGAUGUGCUACAGUCUGCACAUAUAUCUUGGAUGACCAGGUGCUUCUGGGAAAUCAAGAAUAAGAAUUUAGAAGAGGGUUACAACAGUGCUUUAAUAUUGGUUGUUCUUUGUAACAGCAGGGGAAGAAAUGAGAUAUGCGCUACAUAGCAGCUUGAUCUAUUCAAUCUUUUAGUUUAACUAAUUUCAUUUAGUUUAAUUAAUCACCAAAUAUAGGUUACAAGCUCCAGUGUGGCUAAUUAGGCAACCUAAAAUGGCUCAACCUGCUCUGCAAUGGGAGUCUUAUUUUCACCACUUCACAGUUUGUAUCUCCACCAUGCAGCUCUGCUGUGACACGAUAAUGAUAAAUUAUACUGUAAUUUCACAACCUGUUCCCUUUCUUCAAGCAAAAUGUUUUCAACUGACUUCUGUAAUCUGGUUUUGCUCCUUCAUUUUAAACUGUAACAUUGCCAGGUCAUCACCCACACAUGUUAAGAUUACUCCUCAAGGGCAGUCAUGCCUCUGUAGUUUUGUAAUUCAGAUUCAAAGAGAAGGUUCCUACACUGAGGUAUAAAACUAACCAAUUCAAUUAGCACAGUUGUACAUUGAAGUGUCUUUGUGGUUUAUUGAUAAGCUGUCCUUGAUGUUUGUUUUUUUUACUAAAAAGUAAAACAUAUGUGUAAUUUGGAACUGUUUGAUUGUAGGACUGUUCCCAACAUGCUUGAAAAGGUCCUUCAAACAAAAUGUCAAUAUAAUUUAGGCUAUAAGAGCCAUCAUGGUGGAAUCCAGUAUCAAAAAUAACAAGGAAAAUGGAUAAGAGUUAAUUGAAUUCUUCCUGUGCCAUUUAGAGAAAGACCAUUUAGAGCUUCAACUUACUGGGCUAAAACCCCUAGCUAAUAAAUUACAGAAUGGCUACAUUACAAUGUAAAAUAUAUAACCAACAAAUACAGAAGAACAUUCCUAUUAUAAACAUGCUUUUAAAGCACCAGCAAAACCAUCCAGCAACAUUCAGAGGGUCUCAAUCAGGCAGUUACUGAAAUGUUAUAACUGCUAUAUUUCCUAAUACAAUCACCAUGUAGGUAAAGCUACCAAAUAUCCCAGUUUUUCCAGGACAGUUCCAGUUUUGCCCGGACAGUCCCAGUUCCAGAAAGGCUGUCCCGGUGUCCUGAAGCAUUUGUGUCCUGGGCACUGGCUGGGCUGAUGGAACUAUUUUCCUGGCGGAGGGAUAUUGUUUUCGCUGCUCUGGGCUGCCUUGUGCUUACCACGUGCAUCUACCAGUGGUUUAACACCAGCUGACUGGCACAGGAGCAGACACGUGGGCUACAUGUGGAAAGAGCAAAGAAAAUUGUCAUGUCUAAAAGCAAGUGUGUGUUUUGUAAAGCGCUAACAACCAGCCACAUACGAAGCUUCAACGUGCACUGAUACAGAGUAGAGCAGGAGCAGGAAUGAGACAAUUAUAACAAUUUCUUGAGACAAUGAAGCUUUUAAAAAAUGAGCCAUAAUCUUAACAGUUUCGUAUAUGUAAAUCUGGAAAUAUGUAAUUCACACAUGGCAAACUACUUUAAUGUUAUUCAUUCUGUAUUUACAGAUCUUGGAUCUACAGCUAAGUUUAAAAGUGUGUUUCUACUCUCUGGAAUAUCCAGCAUGACAUUAACACCUCCAAAAGCAAUUUUUUUUAAAAAAACUGUUUUAAUCAGAUGAUGACAUAAGUGUCACUGUUUCCCCCAAUAAUAAUAUUAUUCAGAUAACAUAAAUUGUAAAAUAUAUUGCUGUAAAAACAUUCUUGUUAACAGUGUUUUCUGGACCAGGCCCUAAACAUCUGUAAGCAUGCUUAAGUUAAGAACGUGAAAGAGUGAAUGUGCAGGUUACAUGGGAUUGGAACUAAAUGCAAUAGAAACGACUAGAAGAGGCAAGGAAUGUAUGUGGUGAUGACUGGUGCAAAGUCAAGGCUGUCAUCGUGUUCACCAUGUCAGGAGUGACAGACGGACAGACAGAUGGACUGGUGGACAUGAUCAGCGUAUAAGGGUCCCCAUUUUUGAAUUUUGAUCACUCAACCAUUGUCAAAUUGAAUCAUUGCUUCAGUCAUUUAAUCCAAGAUGUGGUCGACCACCCACUUCUACCUCAAGGGAAGACAGGCAUACAGUAAUGUAACCAUCUAAGUUGGCUAUACUACUGCCUGAGAGAAACUGCAUUAAAGGAUUACAACUGACAGCUGCCCAUCAGCGAUAAACUGCAGCUCAGCAGUGACAGCUCGGUAGUAAGUCCUGUUUUCGUAUUCAAUUAGCUGAUUGAAGAGUUUGGUGUUUGGUGUCAUACAAGGACAACAUGCUAUUUAUGUGAAGUGGCUUUCUACUGUAUUAAGUAAAUAGUUUACAGCAGGGGUCUCCAACCGUGGUCCUGGAGAGCCCCCAUCCUGUGGGUUGUAUAGGUGUCUUUGCAAUGGCUAAAGAGGGGCCAGUUGCAUAAAACUAUUAGACUAGUCUAAACCAUUAGACUAGUCUUAGUUUGACAAUUAGACUAGUCUAAUGCAAGUUAGUUAGUUGCAUAAAAAUUAAGACUGACUAAGACUUAGCCUAAAAAGUUAGCCUCUUCACACCCAGGCUAAGUUAGAAUUUAAGUCUAUCUUCCAUGGAAACCAUUAACUGUCAGAAAGAAAUCAUGGCCUCCCACCACAAUCUCUGGCUAUAUGUGCGCUGUUUGAGGAGAGAAAGAGUAUUCAAAGACAGAAACAAUCCACUGGAUGUAUACUCAGAUACUGAGGUAAUUGAAAGGCUUUGCUUACCAAGGCAAACCAUUAUAAAAUUAGCAGAAGAUCUAAAGGAUAAAUUGAGGCCUGCCAUAGGCAGAAACCAUAGUGUCCCUGUUUUGUUACAGGUUUGCUUGGCACUCUGAUUUUUAUGCAAUGGGUUUUGUUUUUUUAGGGCUGCAUAAAUCUACUGCCUCACGGAUAGUCUUCAGAGUUUCAAAGGAACUUGCAACAAGACUGCCAGUGUUUCCUGUUGAGUCCACUGUUCUCAACAGAAUGAAAAGUGACUUUUUUUCAAUUGCUGGUUUUCCUAAUGUUGUGGGAGCAGUUGAUGGGACUCAUGUCAAGAUACAAGCUCCUUCAGCUGAUGAACACCUGUAUGUCAACAGGAAGGGAUACCAUAGCAUACAUGUUCAAAUGAUCUGUGAUGCUAACCUGAGCAUCAUCAACUGUGUGGCACGCUGGCCUGGUUCAUCCCAUGAUUCUCGCAUCCUGAGGCAGUCUGUUGUACAUGAAGCUUUUGAAGGUGGCGCAAUACCUGGUAUACUGCUCGGAGACAGUGGAUAUCAGCUGAAACCAUGGUUACUUACGCCAUUCAUCAACCCAACCAAUGAAGCCCAUACACGCUAUAACAACGCUCACACAAAAUCAAGGAAUUUGAUAGAAAGGUGUUUUGGUGUGCUGAAGAGAAGGUUCCACUGUCUACAUGGAGAACUGAGGAUGGUGCCUGAGAGAGCCUGUAACAUCAUCUGUGCUGCUGUAGUCCUGCAUAACAUUGCAAGGGAACUUGCACUGCCAGACGUGGAGGGACCAAAUAGUGUGGCUGUAUAUGAAGAGGAGGAAGUGCCUGAGCAAGCAGGAGUGGAUCAAGAUGGCUCAGGAAGAUAUAUUCGCCAAAUGAUUGUGGAGAAUUGUUUCUCCAAGUAAUGUUUUAGUACUUACAAAGUCACAUGAAAUCCCCCAGAGAAUUUAAAACCACAACCUGUUGUAUAAAAUCCAAGUGCAAAACAAACCUGUAGCCCCUCAGGGACGCUGGUUUUGGCCUGCAGCAGGCCUCAAAAUAUACUUUUUGAUCUGCUGCUAAUUUAUUAAUGGUUUGCUUUGCUGUAAACACCUUUCAAUUACCUUGAUAAUUGUAAUAAUAAUAAUAAUAAUAAACUUAGCGUGUAACGAUUUCUUUAUUUAUUUCUCAUUAGGUCUUUUUAUUUAAAACAAAUGUAGACAUUUAAAAUUAAACUUGCAUUUAAUA